CCUGGAGAGCGGAUAUAGUGAAUGCAGGGUCCAGGGAGAGCGGAUAUAGUGACUGCAGGGUCCGGGGAGAGAGGGAUAUAGUGAAUGCAGGGUCCAGGAGACCGGAUAUAGUGAAUGCAGGGUCCGGGGAGACCAGAUAUAGUGAAUGCAGGGUCCGGGGAGAGCGGAUAUAGUGAAUGCAGGGUCCGGGGAGAGCGGAUAUAGUGAAUGCAGGUCCAGGGAGACCGGAUAUAGUGGGAGACCGGAUAUAGUGAAUGCAGGGUCCGGGAGAGCAGAUAUAGGAGAGAGCGGAUAUAGUGAAUGCAGGGUCCGGGGA